CUUGUCCUGCCCCCGAAAGCGCAAUCGCGCCGUCGCGCCGUCGCGCCGUCGCGCCACGUACGUCACACGCUCUUCGGAAAGCGUUGCUGCGUAAAUGGCGGGGGCGUGUCUUUUGGCUCCUCCGCGUGUAGUUACCUGAGAAACGCGGGAAGUUGGGCCCAGGCACUGUUGUUCCGGUUGCCUAAGUUGUUUUAUUAUUUCUUGAGAGAGCCGUGAGCUUGUCCGGGGGCCCAAAUCCUGAGGCCCACCCGGUUUCUGGCGCGGUGCGAUGGAGGUAGUGGAGGCCGCCGCCGCUCAGCUGGAAACUCUGAAAUUCAAUGGCACCGACUUUGGAGUUGGCGAAGGUCCGGCGGCUCGGUCUCCGGGCUCUGUCCCUGCGCCAGGGACACAGCCGCCGCUACAGUCGUUUGAGAGGUCCCCGGACGCUGGGCAGACCGUGGAGAUUAAGCCUGCCGGGGAGCAGCCUCUGCAGCCCGUUCUGAACGCCGUCGCGGCCGGGACCCCAUCGCCGCAGCCACAGCCGCCAGCGGAAUCGCCGGCCUGCGGAGACUGCGUCACCUCUCCAGGAGCCGCAGAGCCUGCGCGGGCCCCGGACUCCUUGGAGACCUCGGACUCGGAUUCAGACUCGGACAGUGAAACAGAUACAGAUAGUUCAAGCUCAUCGUCUUCCUCUUCAUCUUCCUCAUCGUCGUCGUCGUCUUCUUGUAUAUCACUUCCUCCAGUGCUGUCAGAUGGAGAUGAUGAUUUACAAGUUGAGAAGGAAAAUAAGAAUUUUCCUCUUAAAACAAAAGAUGAAUUACUUCUUAAUGAACUGCCUUCUGUUGAAGAACUAACUAUUAUUCUGCCUGAAGAUAUUGAGUUAAAACCUCUUGGGAUGGUUUCAAGUAUUAUUGAACAACUAGUAAUAAUUGAAUCUAUGACUAACCUACCUCCAGUUAAUGAGGAGACUGUAAUUUUUAAAAGUGAUCGACAAGCAGCAGGAAAGAUAUUUGAGAUAUUUGGACCUGUUGCACAUCCAUUUUAUGUGUUACGGUUUAAUUCUUCAGAUCACAUUGAGAGUAAAGGUAUUAAAAUAAAGGAGACUAUGUAUUUUGCUCCAUCAAUGAAAGAUUUCACCCAGUAUAUAUUCACAGAAAAACUUAAACAGGAUAAGGGAUCAGAUGCAUCAUGGAAGAAUGAUCAGGAACCACCACCAGAGGCCUUAGAUUUUAGUGAUGAUGAAAAAGAGAAAGAAGCCAAACAGAGGAAAAAAUCUCAGAUUCAAGGCCGGAAAAAACUCAAAUCUGAAUUUAAUGAGCCAGGGACAGGUAUAUCUCACAGAUAUUGUGGCCUCAGAUCCAGACCACUGCAGUCAAGUGAGUCACACAAAGUUUUUGGUUUCCAAAUGCAUAUAAAAGUUACGUUUACACACUACUGUAGUUUAUUAAGUAUGCAAUAGCGUUGUGCCUAAAAAAAACAAUGUGCAUAUCUCAAUUGAAGAAUACUUUACUGUUCAAAAAAUAAUAAUGACCCUUUGAGCCUGCAGUGAGUUAUAAUCUUCUAGCUGGUGGAGGGUCUGGCCUCAAGUGUUGUUGGCUGCUGACUUAUCAGGGUAGUGAUUGCUAAAGGUGGCAGUUUCUCCUAAUAGGCAGCAGUGAAGUUUGCUACAUUAAUUGGCUCUUCCUUUCACCAAAGAUUUCUGUGUAGCAUGUGAUGCUACUUGAUAGCAUUUUAUUCUCUGUAAAACUUUGAAAUUUGGGAUCAAGUCCUCUCAAACCCUGCCACUGCCUUAUCAACUAGGAAGGUUAUGUAGCAUUCUAAGUCCCUUGUUAUCAUUUCAACAGUGUUCAUAGCAUCUUCACCAUGAGUAGCUUUUACUUGAGAAACCUCAUUUUUCCUCAUGCAUAAGAAGUAACUCCUCAUCUAUUCAGGUUUUUUCAUGAGAUUGCAGCAAUUCAGUCAUGUCUUUAGGUUCCACUUCUAAUUCUAGUUCUCUUCCUAUUUCUACCACAUAUUCAGUUAUUUCCUCCAGUGAAGUCUUAAACACCUCAAAAUUAUUCAUGAGGGUUGGAAUCAACUUCUCCCAAACUCCUGUUAAUAUCGGUAUUUUGACCCCCUCUCAUGAAUCAUCAGUGUUCUUAAUGACAUCUUAAAUGGUGAAUCCUUUCCAGAAGGUUUCCAAUUUACUUUGCCCAAAUCCAUCA